CAAUACAAGGAAAAUUUGUUAUUUACAUGUUCGAAAACCACCCCCUUACGUUAUACGGCUCCCCGAAACGACGACACCAAAGGAAUACACUGGAAAAUUACGCUCACGCAAUUUUCGGGCUCAACGCAGCAAUUCCAGUUGAAAACAAAAUGUUAAGGGCCACAAAAAGAAUACCAAUUUUUCAAUAGCAGACACAAAUUUUUUCCACCAACAUCGACGACCAAAUCGAUACGUAAGAAAAAGAAAAUUUUUGUGAAUUUUUUUCACACAAAGUGAAAAAUUUAUUUAAAUAAAAAUUUAAAUACCAAAAAAUAAAAGAAAGUGAAAGAAAGCAUUUAACACUGUGGCAAAUUUUAAGAAAAACCAAUGGCUAAAAAGGAAUCGAUGUCCAAGAAAAGUGGGAACUAUGUGAAGUUCUUGAAGAAUUUACACACGGAACAAGUGGCAAAGUUGCAGCUGAAGAAUCAACAUGAGUGCGAUUUGCUGGAGGACAUACGCCAAUUCACCAUUAAGAGGUCUGCCAUUGAGAAAUCUUAUAGCGAGGCGUUGCUCAAGACAUCUUCACAGUAUUUAAACAAGAAAAUUCCCAAUAUACCAGACAUUAAAAUGGAGGGAAUGGAAGAGAGAUGGAACAUGUGGAGUGUUUGGCGUACGGUAUUGGAAGAAAAUGAAAAAUUAGCUCGUGCUCGUUUGGCGGCCAUUGAGGUGUUCCAACAACAAAUUGCCGACGAAGCGAAAGUUUUGCGCGAUUAUAAGCUGGCCAUUUCGAAGAGGUCGCUCUCGCAAAUUGUAAAUGUUCAGAAAGAGCUGCACUUGAGUGUUGGUGAUUUGGAUAAAACGAAAAAACAAUAUUUCGAUGAAGAACAUUGCGCUCAUGAUGUGCGCGAUAAGGCACGCGACAUUGAAGAGAAAUUGAAAAAGAAAAAGGGUUCGUUCUUUCAAUCGAUUACCUCGCUUCAAAAGAACAGUGCUCGUGUGACAUCACGUAAGGAGCUGUUGGAAGAGAAAUCGACUGGUGCUCGUAAUGAUUACAUUUUGAGUUUGGCUGCGGCCAAUGCUCAUCAGAAUCGCUAUUUCACUGUUGAUCUGCAGACAACAAUGACUACCAUGGAGAAUUAUGUGUUUGAACGUGUUGCCGAAUAUCUGACCUUAAUGGGCCGCACCGAGCUGUUGACCUGUUCGGCUACACAGAAUUCCUUUGGGAAAAUACGCGAUCAAGCUCAACAGUUGACGCGGGAAUACAAUUUGCAAUGUUGUUAUUUAUUCUAUCCCGUUCUAAAGCAACACAUUCAAUACGAGUUUGAGCCUUGCGACAAUGAUCCCGUUCGCAAGGUUACCACAGAACAUGAAUCAGCUGUGGAGACUCUAACGAAGGAGGCUAAGAAUUUAGCUGGCCGGGUAGUUAAAGAAAAUGUAUCUAUUAGGGAACAUGCCAAGAAACUAGCGGUUUGUGUUGCUCUGCGCGAUUCGGGUCAACGCAGUGAUCCUAAUGAUCCCAAUGGUCCUGAUCUUGAUACAAAGAUUGAGGAGUUCCGUGAUUUGAUUAGAAGAUCGGAAACCGAAAAAGCUAAAGCAGAGGCUUGUUUGCAAUGCUUGCGUGAGGGUGGCAUUAAUGUUGACGAAUGGGUGCAAGAGGCGGAAAUUAUAGGAGCACAAGAAUUGACCCGUUCGGCCAGUUCGAUUUCAAUGCGUACCGAUGCUUCAGGUCAAGGGGAAAAUCCUAGUUCAGAUUCAUUCUAUGAUAGUGACAAAGAGGAAGCUGCUGGCGGUGCUCCAGCGGCCAGUAAACCCAAAGAAGAACCAACACUUUCAAGAGAUAAAACAUUUAGCGAUAGUGACGAAGAUACCGAUGAACGUAUACCAGAGCCAGUAGCUCAGAUGCAAAUGAUGUCUUCGAAUACUGGUUGGGAAGAUCCAACAGAAGUUAAUUGGGAUAACGAUCAAGAAGAGGAAGAAGAAAAGGAAGAACCUAUUGUUCCUGAACCCAAAGAGGCCAUAUUUAAAUGCACUGCUUUAUAUAGUUACACUGCACAAAAUCCUGACGAGUUGACCAUUGUGGAAAACGAACAAUUGGAGGUAAUUGGCGAGGGAGAUGGAGACGGUUGGUUACGUGCUCGCAAUUAUCGCGGUGAAGAGGGUUAUGUGCCACACAACUAUUUGGAUAUCGAACAGGAAACACCUGUGAAUGGUAGCUCUGCCAAUCAAUUGCGUUCUCAAAUUUCCUUCUCAUCUGUUGAUUAUACCGUUGACAAUGAAGAUCAAACUGUGGACUCUAUGCAAUCACCCGAUCAAGUUUCGGUCAUUAUGGCUCCUCAGAAAAAGAAAUCCGAAAUUCUGUAUUGCAUUGCUUUGUACGACUACGAUGCUACCGCCGAGGAUGAACUCACCUUUGAGGAGGGUCAAAUUAUUAAGAUUGUGACUAAAACAGCUCAUGGUGUCGACGACGGUUGGUGGGAAGGCGAAUUGGAUGGUAAAUUUGGUAAUUUCCCAUCAUUGGUGGUGGAGGAGUGCGAUGAACAUGGCGAACCAUUAACAGAAGGUGGCGAAGAAUCCCCACCACCAACAGCUCCACCAAGUUUUGCCCUACCACCUGCCCCAGCAUUGCCACCAGAGUACGCUCAUGAGCUAACCGAAGAUAUGUUUGGAUCACAAGAUACGGCGGAUGACGACAGUGGCUAUAUACCAAAUGGUGCUGUACCCAGCAUGCCUCCGCCAGUUCUUAUACAAGAACCAGGAGAUGAGGACGAUAUGGACGAAGAUGGUAGUAGUAUGCCACCUCCAUCACAGCCACCACCGGCUUUACACACAACAACUAAUGCCGCCAAGGUAUCCAAGGAUGUUGGAAAUAAUUUUAAUUUAGGUAUGGCACAAAUUAUUGUUACCGCUGCAACCCCAAUGGUUGAAGACGGAUCCGAUAAAUCUUUCCCUCCAAUAGGAGAGAGAGGUGGUGGUAAUGAUGAUGACUCAGGGGAAACUGGUAGCCAGGGAAAUGCUAAAGCAACAAGUGCUUCUGCCAAGGAGGAAAGUGUAGCCAAGACGGUGGCAACGGAAGCCAAACAAACGGACCAGGCCAAAAUUAUUGAAGGUAGGCAACAAGUUAUGGACGCACCAAGUGUAACUAUAACCCUAACCUCGCCCACACCCAAUCCAGAGGAUUUACCAUCUUCCGACCAAGAUUCAUCCGAAGUGCAACCUUUAGACGAGGCCGAAGAUCCAUUCAAUGAAAAGGCAACUGCCGAUGCCGCAGAGGCCAGUGCUGCGUUUGAGGCUAAUUUUGAGGCAAACUUUGAUGCGAACUUUGACGAUGCUUUCGCCAGCAGAGGAGGUGGAGGUCCACAGAGCAUGGAUGAAUCGAAGCAUGAAGAUGUUGAUGUUGGUGCACCCAAGCAGGUGGUAGGCGGUAGAGCUAGUAUACCCGAGGAAUUGGAUUCGAAUCAAUUGGAGAGAUUACAAAACCUAAAAGAAUCGAAUGCUUAAUUUAAAUUAUAAAACAAAUAUUAACUAUAAAUUACAUAUAUAGAAACUUACAAACUAUUAACCAUAUUUAUAUACAUAAUUACACAACAGACCCACUCACUCACACACACACACACCUUAAGAUGAAUACAAACCCCAUUCUCCAAAAGCAAUCAGGCACAAUACAGAAAAACGAAAAUAGUUUUAAAACAGGAUACAAAUAACAACGAUCUCCUAUUUCAAUACUCAAAUAAUAACUACUCACACACCACAAAUUGUGUCUUAAUAAGUAAGAGUAAGCUAUAUUCGGCUAUGCCGAAUCGUAUAUAUCCUUCAUCAUUAACUUUAAAUAGAAAAUGAAAAGAAGUUACUAAUAAAUAAAUACAGCCAAACAACGCUCAUCAUAACUAAUGUUUAAUAAACAUUGUUUUUAUUUGAAAUAUUACAUCAAAAUUCGUUCCGAUCAAUUCGAAAACGUACCCCAAAUUUUAUAUGUUAACGAUUGAUGAUUUGUAAAAGUAAAGCUGAGAGGAAGUUCGAAACAAUUUUGAGAUUUGUGGGACAUAAGCUAAAUUGUUCUGAAUUUUCAUACAAAAGACUAAUAAAACGUACGAUAUUGUUCUGACAGCAGAAAUUGUUCGAAAAUAAAAACAAAAUCGCUUGAUGAAGGGUAUAUAAACAAAAUUCAACUGCAUAAACAAAUUAAAGUAUAAACUAUACAGUAUUAAAUAUUUCAAAAAGUUAAAUCUUUCUUUUAAAUUAUCUGGGGACCAGAUCAUGUGGUGGAUAAAUUGUUUUAGUUUAAAUCUAUUCUAACUCUUAACUAUUGACUAUUCCUGUCGCUUAAAUGAUUUAUUAACUGCCUUUCAAUUAUUAUUUAUAAUUACAUAUGUAUGUAUAGUUUUUUAUUAAAAGUUUAGAGCUAUUUAUUUUGCAGAUUUUUGGAAAUUUCUUAGUAAUAUGGACAUUACAAGUGGUUCAUGGAAAUUAGUUAUGUUUCAUAAUCACAAUUUACAAAUUGGGUUUCAUUGGAAAGGUAUUUUUUAAGGUUAUUAAAUUUUAAUUUUCUGGGAUUUUGUUGGUACCUUUGAGAAUUUUGAAUAUUUUACAGGUGGCAAUCGUAGACAAUUUCAAUUCUAUAUCUUCCAAUGCCCAACCAUCGAUCAUAUUUGAUAUCGCAACAAAAGGGAUAUGAAUGUCCCUAAGUGCCACAGUCCACCCAUUUUGUUGCAUUCAUCUCCUAUUCAUUGCCUCACAUGUCUUCACAUCGUGGAAUCAAUAUUAAUUUAACUCUACCCUUUGUUGUCUGAGCUGAUCCAGAGAAUGAAUUAAUUGUGUAAAUAUUUUGGUUUUUGUGAUUCAUAAAAAUAUAUUACGAUUCUUUCUCAAACACAAUAUACAAAUUGGAUUUCAUUGGAUAGUCAUUUUUAAGGUUAUUCAAUUUUAGUUUUUGGUACUUUUGGAAGUACAACGCUUUCCAAUGGUAAUAAAUUGACAACAUUACAUAGAGCCAGAGAAUUAUAAAUAUUCUGUAGGUGGUAAUCGUAGAUCACCUGAGUUUUAUCUCUUCCAACGCCCAUUCAUUGAUCAUAUUU